AUGUCGCAGCAGCUUGUUGAUAAUACUGGAGAAGGAGAAACCGUGUUCAGCGAUCGCGAACCUUACGAUCGCAAAAAGAGAUCCCUAAAAGUUCUUUGCGCCAAUUUCCUCAAGUUGUACGAUAGAGACGAGACUUGCCUGAUCGUACUGGAUGAAGCGGCUUCAGAAUUAGGAGCUGGACGACGUCGCUUAUAUGACGUGGUGAAUAUACUGGAGAGUGUUGGAAUUGUGAUAAAAAGUGGAAGGAAUCAAUACUUGUGGAAAGGUUAUGAAGCAAUUCCUCGGGUUUUAAAGGAACUUAAGGAAGAAAGCGUAAGGAAGACUAUCAGCCUUUCAGAUUCCAGAAACUCAGUCCAGGUUUCUUGUGAUGAUGAUGACAAUGGAGAUUCUGUGAAUGAAAAAAUUGAUGGGGAGGAAAAUUCUUCACUCUCAUGGAUAACUGCUAAAGUUAGACGAUUGUAUGAUAUUGCCAAUAUUUUAUCCUGUUUAAAUUUGAUUCAGAAGGCUAGUCACCCUAAAAGCAACAAAGCGGCAUUUAGGUGGGUGGGAUGGAGAGGAAAAGCUUUUAAUUCAUCUGGUAUUGCUUUGUAUGUGAAUGAUAUGCCAAACAAAAGAAAGUUUGGGACUGAGGUUACAAACAUGAACUCAAAGAAAAAGAAAGCUGAAGUGAAGCCGAACUCAAAGUCAGAGGAGAAGGAACCUUCACUGAUUGAAUAUUACAGAGAUAAUAUUCUGAAGGAAAUGGAGAAGCAAAACUCAGACCAGAGAACCAAAGGCAAGAUUGUUUUUGGUCCCUUUGCCCCCUCCACUAGUAUGGCUCCCAGACAAGUACAGGAUUCUGGAGAUAACAACCAUCAGCUCUCUUCUACCAAUACCCAACGUCAGUAUUACAAUGAAGGAAAUAUAGACUGA